AUACGUAUAUUUAUAUGGCAUUAUAUGUAGUCAAAAUACUAGUAGUAAGGAAACAUAUUUAUUUGUUUUGUUUUUAAGUCAAAAUCGGAAUACAAUGCAUAUGGAAUUGUUGUUAACCGGCUUUCUUCUCGUUUUUGUACAAAGCUAUGGCAAGGAAAUAAACAAAGAGAAAUGUGUCAGGGAUGUAGCAGACAAAGUGGCUAAUCUUAUCACAGAAACUACGAGUCAGUGCAUUGUGUCCCCUUCCAAAGGUUUAGGCGCCCGACCUUCGGACUGUGGUGCCAUGAAAAAGUCAGAAAGCAAAAGUGGGGUCUAUACAAUUUACCCGGAUGGAACUUCCGGUUUCCGUGUCUUUUGUGAUAUGAAGAGUUUCGGAGGUGGUUGGACGUUAUUCCAACGAAGAACCAAUGGUUUUGUUGGCUUUUACAGAGACUGGGAGUCGUAUAAAAAUGGCUUUGGGAAUUUAAAAGAAGAUUUCUGGUUGGGGAAUGAAUAUUUGAACAAACUGACAGAACAGGGAUAUUACAUAUUGCGGAUAGAUAUGUGGGACUUUGAAAAUAACCACCGAUAUGCCAUCUACAACAAUUUUGUUGUUAAGAACGAAAAGUCAGGGUACAAGCUGGAGGUAACUGGUUACACUGGAACUGCAGGUAAUUCAUUCGGCGGUCAUAAUGGAUAUAGGUUUUCUACAAGGGAUAGAGAUAAUGAUGUUUACCCUUAUAACUGUGCUGAGAUGUAUAAAGGAGGAUGGUGGUAUAAUAACUGUCAUAAAUCCAAUCUUAACGGGAUGUACCUAAAGGGAAAACACAGUACUCAUGCUAUUGGUGUCAACUGGAAUCAUUGGAAGGGAUACUACUACUCAUUGAAGGCAACACGUAUGAUGAUACGGCGAGCCUAGCAAUAAAUAAGGAAUAAAAAUUGAUACCUUGA